AGGGAACACGCUGCAGGUUGAGAAGGACAGCUGACUUCUUCUCCCCCGAUACAAGACAUCAUGAUUCCCCCAGCUGAUUCCCUGCUCAAGUACGAUAACCCGGUGCUGAUCAGUAAGAACACAGAGAGGAAAUCACCCAAAUCUCGUGCUCUGAAAGCAAUUCCUCAGCAAACUGUAAUAUCUGCUCCUGUACCUCCACCUCCAAAGCCAAAAACACCACCCCUUGAUGUCACCAAGCCAGCAGAGGAAAUUUUAAAUGCAAUCCUGCCACCACGGGAAUGGAUGGAGAACAAUCAGCUGUGGAUUCAGCAGGUGUCCAGCACGCCCAGCACCCGGAUGGAUGUUGUCCACUUACAGGAAGAGCUGGAUAUUAAAUUACAACAGAGACAGGCUAGGGAGACUGGGAUCUGCCCAGUGCGCAGAGAGCUUUAUUCACAGUGCUUUGACGAGCUCAUUAGACAAGUGACAAUUAACUGUGCUGAACGGGGUGUCUUGUUGUUGAGGGUGCGUGAUGAAAUCCACAUGACCAUGUCAGCAUACCAAACUCUGUAUGAAAGCAGCGUGGCUUUUGGCAUGAGGAAGGCCUUACAAGCUGAGCAAGGCAAAUCGGACAUGGAGAAAAGAAUUGCAGAGUUAGAGCAAGAGAAGAAGGACCUGGAGAGACAGGUGAAUGAACAGAAGGCCAAGUGUGAGGCUAUAGAAAAACGAGAGGCAGAGAGGCGGCAGGUGGAGGAGAAGAAACAUGCAGAGGAAAUUCAGUUUCUCAAGAGGACCAACCAGCAGCUUAAGGCUCAACUAGAAGGAAUUAUUGCGCCCAAGAAAUAACGCAGGAGUAACAUCUGUGAACACGAUGUCUGCAGUUUGGAUUCAUUGAAAGUACCGAUGCCAAGAAGCUAAUAUUUUUACCUCUAGGACAUAUUUGUAAUUAGAUUUGGCUUUUUCAUUUGAAAUCUCCCCCAGUUGUCAUGAAAAAUGUUAAAGCAUUGCUUAUUCUUUAAUGAAACACCUCAAUAUUUUUAAUAUCCUAGUUCUUUGAUG